GUUAUCCAUGAAAUACUUAUAAUGGUGUUCAUAUAAAAUUACAGUUAUCCUAAACCCACUAUUGGUUGUCUGCUUGAUUGGACGUCGAUGGUUGGUCAGAUGGACGGACAAAUUUGCGGAGGAUGUCAUCCACAUUGAGUUCCUUCUCUGCCCACAUAGGAAGUCGAAUGACAGGUUUUGGUGUCUCCUUAACAAGGUCAAUUGUAGGAGGAGAAACUUCAGCUGGAAAUACCUUCACUAUAGAGCGAUGCGUAAUAUUGAGGUAGUGGUUUUGCCUAAAUGCAGUGAAGGGGUGGACCUAAAUGUACAAACGAAAUUUGUAAGAAGAAGAACACUUAAAUACCAAUAAAAUAAUUAUGGUAGUUAAGUAAAAAUUUGAUGGCUUACAAGAUUGAGUAUGAUAACGGAACCAACUGCGAUAUUUUCUGCAAUUUCAGGAUCUUCAAGAGCUUUCUUAUGCAACGAAGCCUUCAUCGUGGCAGUUGGGUCCUUAAGAGUCAACUGCAUAUCUCCCAACCCAUUGGGCUUGCACUCUUUCAAUAUGCAAACCACCAAUGGAAGGACCUCAGCUGAUUUUGCCUCUUGGAGGGAGUUAACGUUCUCGAAUUUUCCAUCCUUUACGAGACCUAUGAUAAAAAAAUAUUAACACAAAUUACAAGUAUUAAAGGUAAUAAUGUUCUUGGAAGCGUGUAUGAGAUUCAGUGUACCGUGGUGUUCAAUAAACAUCUGUGCCCAUUUCCAAGCAUUGGAGUUGAAAUCUCGUUCAUAGGUUGCGUCAGCAACAUCACGAGCAAAUUCUUGUGUGGAUUUCGGUUGUUCUGUUCCCGUUCUAUUCAUGAAAGCUGCUUGGAUGUUACCUGCAGGACCAGGAAUAAGCGUUGCGGAAGCAUCGCAUUUUUUCAAAAACGAUUCAAGGACAUCAUCAUCAUAAACAAGGUCUUCCCAUGCAUCCAUGAUUAUGCAGAAAUUUCCUGUCCACAUAAAAAUUGUAGGUUAAGGACAAUACAUCACUAGGAUGAUUAAAGAAGUGACUCACAACACAACAAUGGUAAGAAGGAAAUAGAAGCCGACUUCUCCUCCAUGAACACCACUAUUGCAUGUGGUUCUCAGUCACCAAUUGAGAGACAAUUUCAAGUGGAAUACACACAUGCAAAGUUUUAGGAGGUCCAAACAGAAUUCCGUUCAAGGAUGAAUUGUUUCAUCAAAGACACCUUAAAGGAGGACUUGUGGAACACUUACACUGUAAAAGAGGAACGAAUGUGGGAGGGUAAUCGUGUACCGGAUAAAUUUUACAAAGUUCAAUUUGAUCCCAUCACACAGACAACCACUUGCUCUUGCCACCUCUUUGAGUUUAGAGGAAUUAUAUGUCGCCAUUCCCUGUUGGUAUUUGGCCAAGAAGAUGUUUACAGUGUUCCCUCACAAUACAUUUUGAGGCGCUGGAGCAAAAACAUUCGAAGAAGACACACACUAAUAACAGCAUCGUAUAGCUCUUCGACAAAUGAACCACGGAUGCAAAGAUACAAACUGUUGUGCAAACGUUUUUAUGAAAUUGCUGAAGUUGCAUGUGAGUCUGAGGAAGCUAGUACUGAAUUGGAAAAAGAACUUAAUUGUUUGGGUACAAAAUUUGGAUUCAGUUCUUCCAUGACAAAUAACAUCAUCAGUGAUGCAGGCCAACUAAGAUACGAUACUGGUGCAUGCACGUCAAUACCACUUACUCCAGUUGGAACAUCUGAUGUCCUUGUACACAGUCCUGCAACUGUUAAGCGAAAAGGACGUCCACGCACAAAUAGGUUGAAGUCCACUGUUGAGAAAAAAACCAAAAGAAGAAAGUCAACUUCAUUGACAAACACUUCAACACCACCCACCGAACAAUGCGGCGAAAGACCAAGUAAUGUUCUUGAAUGUGAUCACCAUGAACAAUUUGAAGCGGACACUAUCCAACUAUCACAAGAUACCGAAAUGGGUCAUUUUGGAUUUAUGUCGUUGUUGUCAGCUGUACAUAACAAUUUCGAUAACAACAUCAACUGAUAUAUACAACUUGUUUGCUGCUUAUUUUGUAACUUUUUUCUGUUUUUCAAAGUUAAAAUGGUCUUCCAUGAAAUUCCUUUAAUGAAUGUAUGUGAUGCAUAUGACCACACCAGUAUUUGUUAUUGUAAUCGAUUACGAUGCUCUGGUAAUCGAUUACGAGGCCAUUGUAAUCGAUUACUAGGCUCUGGUAAUCGAUUACUGUGUUCAGUUAAUUAAACCAAAUUAUCCCACUGCAUAACGUGUAUAACUUGCAAUCGUGUUCAUAACCGCACAAAACACAUCCUUCCUCAAAUUCGUUUCGAAAACCUCUCUUCUCUCAGUGCAAAACCCUAAACGAAAUACAAUGGCUGAUCGUGGAACGAAGAAACAAAAGGCAUCUUCUUCCGUUGGUGGACGUCGCCGUCGCCGGAGUCCAACCCCAUCACCAUCGUCAUCCCCUCCUACGCCUACCAAUGAUCUCUUCUCGUCGGAUGAGCAACAGGAGAAAUAUGCCCAACAUUUCGUAAAUCGGGAAAUUUUGGAGAGUAAGUAUCUAGAGGACGAAUACUUUCAAGGAAAAAAUUUUCAAUUCUAUGACAUAUUACACGAAGCUGGGCUGACUGAAUUUGUGUGUUUAAGAAGACAUUACCACCCACAAUUAGUCAGAGUGUUCUAUAGCAACAUG